AUGAAUUAUAUCCUAGAAAUACCUGAACUACUUGAAGCUAUCUUUGCCUUUCUCAGUCGGAAAGAUCUUUAUAGGAGUUGUGCCAGAGUAAAUCAUCAAUGGAAUGCUGUAUCUAAGCUUAUUAUUCGGAAAAAGAGAAAAGCUGAGUUUAUUAGUAUUCCUGGCAUUCGUGAUAAUAUUAUUUUUCACCUAUAUGAUGAUCACCUCAGUUUAACCGAAAUUGUUAACUAUUGCAAGGUUAGUGAUAUAUGGAGUAAUAUUCUUAAUCAGUUAAGUGCAAGGACUAUUUCUCUUUCUAUGUUAUAUCACCAUAAAGCUUUCUUAAAUGCUUUUCGCUAUAGUAGAAGGCGAUUUCUUUAUAAUAAAAAACGAUUUAUAUGUUAUUUUACAAGACGUAAUACGCAAUAUUAUUUAAAACAAGACCAUGAACUAAACAGGUACUAUCAGGAUAUCUAUUCACUUUAUGAACUAAGGGAUGAAUUUCUUAGACUGGCCAGAGUUUGCCAGUCCUAUGACUAUAAGCCAAAUACUGAAGACGAAUUUCGUAGGAUAUCCAGAGUUUUUCAGUCUAAUAGACAUUAA